CCAAUCAGCUGUUUUGAAAGCGCUAAAUGAUUUUAUGAUCAAAGUGAUGUUCACGUUUAUCACUAAAUUUGCGAGAUAAUUUCGUUGACAUCUAAAGCGAAAUUAGUGUCAUUUAAGUGAAAGCGUCCCAUUACUCUACAAGGAAAAUUUUGAGGCAAAAAUGAGAACUCUAAUAUUAACGUUGAUCGUCUGCUCUUUUAUUCAUGCUUCUACUGCAAGGAACAUUGUUGAUGAAAUAGAAAUAUUACUGGAUCCAGAUUUACUUCGAAAUGUCUCUCAACUCAUUUCUAGCAAAGGCUAUCCCGUGGAAGAACAUACGGUGCAGACGAAGGAUGGUUACCUUCUAGGCUUGCAAAGGAUUCCUCACGGCAGAACGGAAGUCUAUCAUUUACAGCCUAGGCCGGUGGUUUUCCUACAGCACGGCUUGCUGUCAGCUGCAUCGGAUUACGUCAUCAACUUUCCAGAACAGAGUUUGGGGUUCAUAUUGGCCGAUGCUGGAUACGACGUCUGGCUUGGGAACACCCGAGGAAAUACGUACUCUCGGAAGCAUGUGAAGUACACUCCAAAAAUGAAGGAGUUCUGGGAAUUCAGCUUUGAUCAGAUGGCUCAGUACGAUCUCCCAGCUAUGAUCGAUUACGUCCUGAAGACUAGUGGACAGGCAAAACUGAAUUACGUCGGCCACUCCCAAGGAACUUCGGCGGCUUUUGCACUCUUGUCGGAGAACCCGGAAUACAACAAAAAGGUUAAACUUUUCAUUGCUCUGGCUCCUGUCACGACCGUGGGUUAUAUCACGAGCGCCAUCAAAUAUUUGGCCCCCUUCACUAAAGAAAUUGAUUUCCUUUUCGAGAUCCUUGGCAUUGGAGAGUUCUUGCCAAACAAUGUCAUCAUGAAGUACCUCAGCGAGCUGGUUUGUGAGAAAGAAAUCAGGUAUCUUUGUGAAGAUGUGAUGUUCUUGAUGUUUGGGACAGAUAAGGCGGAGCUCAAUCAGACAAGAAUUGGAGUAUAUUCUGCCCAUACCCCUGCUGGUUCUUCGACUCAAAGCGUAGUCCAUUAUGCCCAACUGGUUAAUUCGAAAACUUUCCAGAAGUACGACUAUGGCAAGAAGGGGAACAUGAAACACUAUAACCAGACAACGCCUCCACAGUACGAUGUGUCCAAAAUAACAGCUCCUGUGGCUCUCAUCUGGUCAAUGAACGAUGCUCUUGCUGAUCCUGUCGAUGUCGAUAUUCUUAUCGGCAAACUUAAGUCGAUGGUGUCCAAUUACUGCGUUCCAUUCCCACUCUUCAACCACCAAGAUUUUGUCCUGGCUGUUGAUACACGAAAGCUACUGUACGAUCAUCUCUUGCAACUUCUAAAAAAGUUUGAACGUAUAAAUUGAACCUGUAACCAUUUUUCUAUACACUAUUCAAAUAAAUAUGAAAGAGACAAGUAUUUACACUCUUGAAAAGCUUACUUUUCUUUCGCAUUUCG